AUGGGUCGAGUAAGAACAAAAACUGUGAAAAAGGCAGCCAGAGCUAUAGUCGAAAAAUUCUACGCAAGAAUGACUGCAGAUUUUCACAUUAACAAGAGAAUUUGUGAUGAAGUCGCAGUUAUUCAAACCAAGCGUUUGAGAAACAAAAUUGCAGGCUACGCCACACAUCUCAUGAAAAGAAUCCAAAAAGGCCCAGUUAGAGGAAUCUCGUUAAAGAUACAAGAAGAAGAAAGAGAAAAGAAACUUGAUUAUGCUUUUUUAAGAUGAAGUUUAGAAAUAAAUUAUAUACAAAUGUAAAUGCAGAAAUUAAGGAGGGAAAGGAUAUAUUCCAGGCUCCAUGUCAUUUGAUGGGAAUUUUUUGUUGGUGAGGCAUUUCCUCAGGAAUUUUGGUUGAGAUUUUUAUCUUGUAAGACAAUUUCUUGAAAAAACAGUUAAAAUUUUGAUUUAAUAAUAGAAAAAAUAGACAAAAUAUCGUCGCAAAAAGCCCAAAUUAAAAAGUAUACACCCAUAUUCCAGAGCGCUCUAUUGUUAGCACCAGAGAAAUCAGGGUUGAUGCUGCUACUCUUGAACUCCUCAAAGCCCUUGAUCUUGCAGAGCUCCCUAAUAUCAAAGUAGAAGAGCCAAAACAAUAA